AUGGCACCAGCCUCGACGUCCCUGUUGCUCGUCAUUGGUUUUGCGACAUGCAUUGCUUUCGCCCUCGGUCAAGGCUGUGACCCAUCCAGCGACCACCCGAACGCGUGCUACAAUGCGGACGGCAGCGCAUACAUUUGCUGUGGGCCCGAGAGCUGUCCCUCCAGCACGGGCCCUGUCCCUCUUUGCGCUACUUCAACUUCCUCCCAGCCAGCACGGGCUACUUCACUCCACUGCGACCCAAAUGGCUACGCACCAAACCAGUGCUACGACGCUUCUGGCACCAGCUCCGUGUGCUGUGCGGGGCAGUGCGGAGGGAAUGACCAGGGCAACCCGACGUGUGCUCCUGUGCCUCCAUCCAUUGACGGCCAGCCACGAGGAGAUCUGGCUGCUGUGAACCUGGUCAUCACUCUUGAAGGCAUAGAAUCACCCGAUUUCAACAGCACGCUGCAAGCGAUACUUAUUGAUACCCUCAAAAGUGCUUCGCCCGACAUAUUAGCGGUCACAUUCGAGAGUAUCCGGAGUGGCAGCAUCAUCGCGUCGAUCGACCUCUUCUUCGAAAAGCUUGGCAGCGCCGCCCUUCAAGCCUUGACCGUCGUCCAGGAGGUGGUCCUGGACGAUCUCGCAGUGAAUCUUGACAUCUAUUUUAUCAAGCCAGUACUUAUAACAGGACUCAAGCUUUAUGUAUGGGAUGGAAUCAGCCUCCCUGAGGUUCCCCCUCUUCCCUUCCCCAUUUCUGAAGUGAACGACGACCCCUGUUCCAAGCGGUGCCCAUACACGGUGGACGGAAACGAGAUCUGUGGUCGUCUUUGUUGCCGGUACUUUGACUCUGCCAGAUGUCCGGCGUUUCCAGACGAUCCUAACGGCUGCGGAGACAAAGCGAACGAGGCGCUGGUGCCGGCAGUAAUUGAGAUCCUUGGGAAGUCCGAGGAGGUCGCGACCCUGUUUUCGCCCUUGUGCGACCUGCACGACAUCUGCUAUGGCACACCAGGGCGCCCCAAAAGCGAUUGCGACGACGAGCUCUACUUCCGCUCACUCAACGCCUGCUUGGAGCUCCCUGACGACCUCGCGUCCAUUGACCUCUCCCUUUAG